AUGGCAGAUGGACUACCAGUUAUUGUUGCUUUAUUCAUCGUAGCUUACUUCGCUACUCACAAAACAGAGUUAUAUGAUCUGGUUAAUUAUAUGAACACGAUGUUCAAAUGGCAUUCAGCUCACGGCUUAACUAAUAUGACAAUGUCGCAGAGUUAUAAGACCGCGAAAACAUUUGCUUAUCUGUAUACGGCUUGUACACUUUUCAGUGUUGCCACAUACGCUUUGUUGCCAGUGAUUGCUUAUCUGUUAUUCGGAAAGCCUCUGGAGCAUUGGAUUUAUAUGGACGCAACCAACAAUUUCAGCUUGGUUUUAAUUCUUCUCCGUCAAUGUAUGUCCCAGGCCUUUGUUGGACUUGCAAUUGGUCAAUUAGGAGUGUUUUUCGCAUGCCAUUCUAUAUUGUUAUGUGGUCAGAUCGAUCUGUUAUGUUGUUCGCUGCGAAACGUUCGUUUUACCGCGCUUUUGUUAAAAGGAGUCCAACAUGGCACCCUCGUGAAACAAUACUGUGGCAUAGAGCAGGAAGAGAGACAUAACUAUUUAUACAAUAAAUCAGAAAUGGUUGAGAGUCAUUACCAUUAUGACGAGAAAGUCAACAUAAAGUUUAAGACGACAAAUCAAUUUGAUAUUUAUAGUAGCGAGUAUGAAGAGGCCACUUGUUCUGCGCUUCGUGAAUGCGCAGCUGUAGCCAGAGUUAUCAAAUUGUAUAAGGAUCGUUUUGAAUCUUUCGUUUCUCCGUUGCUAGUACUGCGCGUAGUUCAAGUUACUCUGUACCUCUGCACUUUAUUAUACACCACUUCUGAGAAAUUCGACAUGGUCACUGUAGAGUACUUGGCAGCGGUAGUAUUAGAUAUGUUCAUUUACUGCUAUUUCGGGAAUCAGAUUACAUUACAGUCGGAUCGCGUCAGUAGCUCGGCGUACCACAGCGGCUGGUACUGUUGUGGUAAGCGUGGCCGCUGUCUGUUGUUGAACGUGUUGUUGUCACAUCAUCGCAGCGAGGUAGUGCGCGCGGGAAACUUCCUCCCUAUGGACUUGCACACAUUCCUCAAGAUAUUGAAAACAUCGUUCUCAUAUUACACACUCCUGGUGAAUGUUAAUGAAAAAUAA